UAUAAGAGAAGUAGACGAGAAGACAAAUUUUGAGAGAGAGAGAGAGAGAGAGAGAGAGGUGUUGUUGAUAACUUUUGCUAAGCUUUCGAUUGAAGUCAAACACUACUUAAAAGCGUUUCCCCAUCGAUAGAUAGAUAAUAGAGAGAGAGAGAGAGAUCGAUCGGAUUCAAACCGUCGGAUGUUAUAUCUCUUCGUCGGUGAUUAUCGGCGGAAGCCCUCCGUGGUUGAGUCUGGGGUUCUGGUGGACGGUGAUGACGGUGGCGGUGGAUGAUCGAAGACAGCGAUGCUCAGUUUUUUUAUUUAUUUGUUUUGUUAGUUGGUUGUGAGUUAGUUGGUUUGUUAAAUAGGUAGUUGGGGUUUAGAGAAGAUGAUGAAGAAAGGGAAAGGGAGGAAUAGUAGUGGAUUGUUACCUUCUUCCUUUAAGAUCAUUUCUUCUUGCCUUAAAACUGUAUCUGCCAACGCCACCAACGUUGCCUCCUCCGUUCGUUCCGCCGGAGCAUCCGUCGCCGCUUCAAUCUCCGCUGCAGAAGAUGACAAGGAUCAGGUGACAUGGGCUGGCUUUGGCGUUCUCGAGCUGAGUCAACAUAUCACCAGACAUGUUCUCUUACUCGGUUAUCAGAAUGGAUUUCAAGUCUUUGAUGUUGAGGAUGCCUCUAACUUUAAUGAACUGGUCUCCAAACGCGGUGGCCCAGUUUCGUUCUUACAGAUGCAGCCAUUACCUGCAAGGUCUGGUGAUCAUGAGGGUUUUGGGAACUCGCAUCCGCUUUUGCUGGUUGUUGCUGGGGAUGACGCAGCUGGCAUGGGUUCGGGUCAAAGCUUUUCGCAUAAUGGUUCAUUAGCGAGAGUAGACUCUUUCGGUGAUGCCACAAGUUAUCCAACCACUGUUCGCUUUUACUCCCUCAGGUCUCACAGUUAUGUAUAUGUGCUGAGAUUUCGAUCAUCUGUUUGCAUGAUUAGAUGCAGCUCCCGAGUUGUAGCUGUUGGCCUUGCAACUCAAAUAUAUUGCUUUGACGCACUUACUCUGGAAAAUAAGUUCAGUGUUCUCACUUAUCCUGUUCCUCAGCCAGUGAGACAAGGGACAACUAGGGUUAAUGUUGGCUAUGGUCCGAUGGCUGUAGGUCCAAGGUGGCUUGCAUAUGCUUCCAACAGUGCCAUAACCAUGAAAACAGGGCGCCUAAGCCCACAGAGCUUUGUUUCUUCACCCAGUGUCAGUCCAAGUAGAGCUGCAGGUGGAAGUAGCGUGAUGGCCCGUUAUGCAAUGGAGUCUAGCAAGCAGUUAGCCAAUGGACUACUCAACUUGGGGGACAUGGGAUAUAAAACAUUGUCAAAAUACUACCAAGAUAUGCUCCCUGAUGGAUCUAAUUCUCCAGCGUCGCCAAAUUCAAUCUGGAAAGUUGGUGGGGUUUCUGGAUUGGAUGCAGAGAAUGCUGGAAUGGUUGCUGUCAAAGAUCUUGUUUCCGGAGCUGUAGUAUCACAGUUCAAGGCUCAUACAAGUCCUGUCUCAGCCCUUUGUUUUGAUCCUAGUGGAACCCUAUUGGUUACUGCUUCUGUGUGUGGGAACAAUAUCAAUGUCUUUCAGAUCAUGCCAUCUCGUUCGCAUAGUGCACCUGGUGACCUAAGCUAUGAGUGCGACACUUCUCAUGUGCAUCUCUUCAAGCUGCAUAGAGGGAUCACUUCGGCCAUUGUCCAGGACAUUUGCUUUAGUCGUCACAGUCAGUGGGUGGCUAUUAUUUCAUCCAAGGGUACUUGCCACAUUUUCGUUUUAAACCCCUCUGGCAGCGAUGCUGGGUUGCUACCUUUAAAUUAUGAGGGUGAAGAACCUGCCCGACUUUCAGCUUCAACUUUUCCAUGGUGGAAUACGCAAACUUUGGCAGUUAAUCAUCCGUCUUCAUCGCCACCACAAGCUGUAGCCCUUUCUGUAGUGAGCAGAAUAAAAUACAGCAGUUUUGGGUGGCUUAACACAGUAAGCAAUGCUGCCACUGCUGCAACUGGAAAAGUUUUUGUACCAUCGGGUGCCGUGGCUGCUGUUUUUCACAAGUCUGUUACUCAUGACCUUCAACAGAACUCGCGGACUAACUCAUUGGAGCAUAUCUUAGUAUAUACUCCAUCAGGCCAUGUGGUGCAGCAUGAACUUCUGCCAUCUGUUUGCGCAGGAUCACCUGAAAGUGGUUCGAGAGUGCAAACCGCAUCACAUGCUCAAGUUCAGGAGGAUGACUUGAGGGUCAAAGUUGAGCCUAUCCAGUGGUGGGAUGUAUGUAGAAGGUCUGACUGGCUGGAAACAGAGGAACGACUUCCCAAAAGUGUCACUGAAAAGCAAUACCAUUUGGAUACAGGGUCGAGUAACUUACCAGUCCAUGAGGAUGCAUGCCUUUCCCUUGACAUCAAUGGCAACUUUGGUGAAGAUAAAACUAGUUCUGAGAAGGCCCCUGAAAGAUCCCACUGCUAUCUUUCUAACUUUGAAGUAAAGCUUACCUCAGGGAUACUACCAGUGUGGCAAAAUUCGAAGAUCUCUUUUCACGUGAUGGACUCUCCAAAAGAUAAUACUGGUGGAGAGUUUGAGAUAGAAAUCGUUCCAGCCCAUGAACUUGAAAUAAAACAGAAAAAACUCAUGCCAGUUUUUGAUCAUUUCCACAGCACCAAAGCUACGCCGGAGGAGAGGUUUUCCAUGAAAUGUUAUCACACAUCGCCGUUGGGAUCUUACCAAGCCAAUGGAAAGAUUUGCCAAGAUAUAAUCAACUGUCACUCGAAGCCAGGAUCUGCUGGAAGUUCUGAAGAGAGUUCAUCUAAACGGAUGGAUAAUUUCCAUGAUUCGGAUCACAUGAACAACUCAUUCAAGUCUUCUUCAAAUCUUUACCCAACAACAAAUGGGUUCUACAAGGAAAUAGAGAAGGAGAACACAAAUGGGUUUGUUGAGAAACCUGUAACAGCCGAAUUCUACACGCUAGAAGAAACCCGGAUGGAGAAGCACAUCACAAAUGGCUUCACCACACAACCUGUUCAGACAGAUAUCACUGUCAAUGAACAGAUGCUCUCUACAGAAGAAUCUCCUAUGAACUUUGGUUUUUCUCUGCGUGAAGAACAUUGCAAAGCAGUAGCAGAUCCAAAAGAAGAACACCUGAUGAAGUCAGCUGAAGUUACAAAUGGUCAUCAUCUAAACGUCAACAACAGCACAGAGAAACCACAAGGAGAUGAGAUGGUAUGUGGUAUGGUCUCCUUUGUAGGCGAUUGAUUCUCAUGGUACCACACUCAAAAGCCUCGGGUCUAUGUAUAAAUAUCUAUGACAAAUAGUUGUCAAAAGUCCUGAAGGCGUUCUGAAGUUUGUAAAUGUGUAAAGAUCAUCAACACUGGCCUUGAACUAAUUUUUGUACAGUUGGAUCCAGGUAAAGAUCAUCAAACACCUUGGCCUUGAACUUCACCAGUCGUCCUUUUAUUUGUGUGUGGGUUUCGUUUCUCAUGGUGAUUUCUUCUGCGACUUGUUUCUCGAGUAUUUUACAGUUGCCGGAAUAAAAUCAACAGCUGUUACUGCAAGAACUGAAUACUGAAAUCAUGUGAUAAUAUAUGUGAAUGAUGUUUUA